AUGGUUCUCGUCAACGUCAACCGCGAAGUUAGCGAUAACUUCUAUCGCUACAAGAUGGAUAAACUCAUCACCAAGGUUGAAGGAAAAGGAAACGGCAUCAAGACCGUUGUUGUCAACCUCGUCAACGUUGCCAAGGCCCUGGGCCGUGACCCCAACUAUGUCAUCAAGUACUUUGCCUUUGAGCUCGGAGCCCAGACCAACACCGACCCCAAGGACGACCGUUGGAUCAUCAACGGUGCCCACGAGGCUGCCAAGCUCCAGGACCUCCUCGAUGGAUUCAUCAAGAAGUUUGUCCUUUGCCGCGGCUGCAGCAACCCAGAAACUGUUGUCAUCAUCAAGGACCCUCGCAUUAUUCUCGAUUGCAAAGCUUGUGGUCACCGCACUGAUGUUGACAUCCGCUUGAAGCUCUCUGGAUUCAUCAUCAAGCACGAGAGCAAGAAGGGCAAGGGCAAUAAGGCCGACAAGAAGGCUGCUCGCCGUGCCAAGAAGGAGGCCACUCAGAACGGCAACGGCUCUGGUGAUGAGGGCUCCGACAAUUCCGGCGAGAAUGGCCAGAACGGCACCAAUGGCCAUGAUGUUAGCGAUGACGAAUUUGAUCGCGCGGCUCCCACCAUUGACAGCGAUAACGAGGUCAGAGAUGACGAAUGGGCCGUCGACAUGAGUGAGGAAGCCGUCAAGGCCCGUCAGGCCCGCCUUCCUGAUGAGUUCAAAAGCAAGCUCAACAUUGAUGAUGAUGAAGCCGGCGGCGAUAGCGUCUAUGAUGAGCUCGGUCAGUGGAUCCAAUCUCAGGCCAAGGAAAAGGGUGGCAUCGAUAACGUCGACUCCAUCCAGGUCUACGUCAAGGCCAAGGAGCUUGGCAUCGAGGGCAAGCACAAGACUAUCCAGGUCCUUGUUCAGACUCUGUUUGACAAGAACAUCGUUGCUCAGAUUCCCAAGCGUGCUGCCAUGAUCAAGCAGAUUGGCACUUCUGACAAGCAUGAAAAGGCUCUCCUUGGUGGCACUGAGCGUCUCAUGGGCUUCCUCGCUCAAGAGAACCCCGAUGUUUACCCGCAGAUUGUAAAGAUUCUGCAACUGUACUACCACAACGACCUCAUCACAGAGGAGGUUGUUCUCCCUUGGGGUAAAAAAGCUAGUAAGAAGUACGCCGAUCUUGCCGUCAGCAAGAAGGUGCGCAAAUCUGCUGAGCCUUUCCUCAAGUGGCUUGAGGAGGCCGAGGAAGAGGAGUCUUCUGAGGAGGAGGAGGAGGACUGGGAAGAGCUUUGCUUAUUGCGGUAUCACGCUUUUGCUUUGAUGGAGAUCGCAGCAAAUCAAUGUCUUGGUCAUGUGCGAACUUUUGAGCUGCUUCUGAUGGUAUAA